AUGUCAAUGAAUCCGUCUUCUGGACACAGACCAAAACGGCGGCCUCCUGACGACAAUAAAUCUUCAACUCACAAUUUAAACGGAUCAGAAGCUGGCCCUCCCAAGAUCAAAGACCCAGUGAAGCUCUUCGAAAAACACCCGGAAUUCAACCGAAUUAUCAAAGAUCUGAAAAAUUACGACCGUUCUCUAGAUUCGGCAUAUAACCAUGGAGAAACAGGCCUCAAAGCACAUCAAAAUGAAAUUCAAAAGGCCAUCAAAACUCUGGAGGAGACACCAAAAACUAUUGUAGAUAAGGUUAAGAUUAUACUUCAGGUCACAGAACAAAAGAAGGAUCGUAUACGCGAUUUAGAAUCAGCGAAGGAUGAUUGCGAGAGUCAAAUGGAAAGGGAUUCCAACCCGAAAUAA